UGCAGUCGAGUCCUGUUUUUCUCUAAAAGAAGAUUCACCGGAGUCCAUCAGGUUUCUCUCAGCAACAGUGAGUGCAGACAUGUCUGCUGCCAGCAAUCUGCGAUCUGAAGAUCAGUUUCUGUGCUGCAUCUGUCUGGAUGUGUUCACUGAUCCAGUCAGCACACCAUGUGGACACAACUUCUGCAAAAACUGCAUCAGUCAGCACUGGGACCUGAAUCAGAGCUGUCAGUGUCCUAUGUGUAAAGAGACUUUCAACACUAGACCUCAGCUGAGGGUCAACACCUUCAUCUCUGAGAUGGUUGCUCAGUUCAGACGUGAAGCUCAGCAGAAAGCGAGCAGCAGCAGCUCAGAGCAACAAGCUGCCAAACCAGGAGAAGUUCCCUGUGACGUCUGCACUGGAACCAGACUGAAGGCCCUGAAGUCCUGCCUGGUGUGUCAGACCUCCUACUGUCAGACUCACCUGGAGCCUCAUCUGACAAAGGAAGCUCCGAAAAGACAUCAGCUGAUUGAUGCUGUGGAGAACCUGGAAGGAAGGAUGUGUACAAAGCACGAUAAGCUGUUUGAGGCUGAGCUGAAGAGGGUCCAGCACUAUGCAGUGGAUGUGACUCUGGAUCCUGAUACAGCUCAUCCUAAACUCAUCCUGUCUGAUGAUGGAAAACAAGUCUUUGAUAGUGAUGUGUGGAAGAAUCUUCCAGAUAACCCAGAGAGAUUUUCUCAGUAUGUCUGUGUUUUAGGAGAGCAGAGUUUCUCUUCAGGCAGAUUUUACUUUGAGGUUCAGGUUAAAGGAAAGACUGACUGGACUUUAGGAGUGGCCAGAGAGUCAAUCAACAGGAAGGGAAAAAUCAUAGCGAGACCUCAGGAUGGUUUCUGGACUGUGUGGCUGAGAAAUGAAAAUGAGUACAAAGCUUGUGCUGGUCCUUCAGUCCGCCUCUGUCUUCAGCCUGGUCCUGAGAAGGUGGGGGUGUUUGUGGAUUAUGAGGAUGGUCUGGUCUCCUUUUAUGAUGUAGGUGCUGCAGCUCUGAUCUACUCCUUUACUGGCUGCUCCUUCACUCACAAACUCCACCCAUUCUUCGGUCCCAGUCUGAAUGAUGGUGGUAAAAACUCUGCACCUCUGAUCAUCUGUCCUGUCAAUCAAACUGAAUCGAUCAACGACUGAUUUUAUUUGAUAAACUGAUUGAUUUUUAAUGAAGGGAACAAAUGAACAUAUUGAGUGUAAAUACUCUACAGUCUCCAUGUUUUCUGUAGAAUCUAAUUAUCACACUUUGAUCUGAUUUUCAUGGAAUUCAAUGCAAACAGAAAAAAAGUUGAAUCAGGAAAUGUUCCCACUGAUGGAGACUUGAGCUGAAGACCAAAUAGCAGAGAAUAAAUGUCCAAAAGCUUCAUUAAGUGUGCCUAUGCAAUAGUAAUAAUACUUACUACCA